AUGGAGCCGGUGGUGGUGGUGCACGGCGGCGCGGGCAGCCGGGUCUCCCCGGAGCGCGAGCAGCGGGUGCGCCAGGGCGUGGCGCGGGCCGCCGCCGCGGGCUACCGGCUGCUGACGGCGGGGGGCAGCGCGCUGGACGCCGUGGAGGCCGCCGUGGCCGCGCUGGAGGACGACCCCGAGUUCAACGCCGGCUGCGGAUCCGUCCUCAACGCGAACGGGGACGUGGAAAUGGACGCCAGCAUCAUGAGUGGGAGGGACCUGUCCUCGGGCGCCGUGUCCGCCGUCCGCUGCAUCGCCAACCCCAUCCGGCUGGCGCGGCUGGUCAUGGAGAAGACGCCUCACUGCCUCCUGACCAGCCAGGGCGCCGCCGAGUUCGCCGCCGCCAUGGGGGUCCCCACGGUGCCGGGGGAGCAGCUGGUCACGGAGAGAAGCAGGAAGCGCCUGGAGAGGGAGAAGCAGGAGGCUCAGAACUCAGACCAGCAGAAGGACCGGGGCACCGUGGGCGCCGUCGCCUUGGACUGCAGGGGAGACGUGGCGUACGCCACCUCCACGGGGGGCAUCGUGAACAAGAUGGUCGGCCGAGUGGGCGACACGCCCUGCGUAGGGUCCGGGGGCUACGCGGACAACGCCGUCGGGGCCGCCUCCACCACGGGCCACGGGGAGAGCAUCCUGAAGGUGACGCUGGCCCGGCUGGCGCUCUUCCACGUGGAGCAGGGAAAGACGCUGGAGGAGGCGGCGGCGCUGGCCCUGGGCCACAUGCAGUCCAAGCUCCGAGGCCUGGGGGGCGUCAUCCUGCUCGACAGCGCGGGCGCCUGGGCGGCCCGCUGGACCUCGGAGUCCAUGGCCUGGGCGGCCGCCAAGGACGGCAAGCUGCACGUCGGCGUCAACCUGGGUGACACCAGGGUCACCGACCUGCCCUGA